UAUUGCUUUUUCCCGCACCGGCGUUAUUUUUGUGACUAUGGGGAUAAACAAGACGUACAUUAGUGUCGGCUAUGCCGCGUUUGGUAUGUGUAUGGGUUUCUCUGCUUUCCUGGUGUGGAACAUCGCGUUCAAACAGCCGUGGACUGCAGCCAUGGGGGGACUGUCAGGUGUGCUGGCACUUUGGGCCCUGAUCACCCACAUCAUGUAUCUGCAGGACUACUGGCGGACCUGGCUGAAGGGCCUCAAGUUCUUCUUCUUCAUUGGGAUUUUCUUCUCUGUGCUGGCAGUUGUAGCCUUCAUCACCUUCCUGUCUAUUGCCAUCAGAAACGGGGAGUCCCUGAGGGACCCCCAGAGUCUCUAUUUGUCCUGCGUGUGGAGCGGUAUGAGUCUGAAGUGGUCAUUCCUGCUCACCAUGUAUGCUAACCGCUACCGCAAAGAGUUUGCUGACAUCAGUAUCCUCAGUGACUUCUAAGGGCACUUAAACAUCACACAGUAACUAUACAGACUCUAUAUAGUGCACUCACUGUGUCUCUGGUCUCCCACCAUGAGAGUGUCACAGCGUAAACGUGAUAGAGGACAUUCACAAGGAAUUAGACAUUGUGUUAUGGAUGAGCACUUUGAUCCUGGUUACAGUGUCUCCUGUGAUUAUUUUUUAUUACAUGUGCAGGAUUUGUUGUCGACUUGGCCACUUUAUAGACAGAUCCAGCCCUGUUUUAUAUGACCCUCGAUAGAUUUUAUUCUCUUAUGUCUUCACUUGCUCUUACAUUCUCGCAUCCUGUUUUGUCACACACCUGUACAAUUCCCUUGUGACAAAAUGCAAAAUAUGGGAAAAGCUGAAUCAAAACACACCCCUCAGUUGUAAUUAUUUGUUGCAGUUUCAUGCGAUGGCCACUAGGGGGUGUCACUCUUCCAACAAUUAUAUGCCGUAUGAAGAAAGUGUGUGCUUGUCAUCCUCCCGCUUUGUGAUAUUGCAUCUGUUUUCUUUACAUGUUUCUGUGUCAAAGAAUGAUUAAAUAGCCUUACAAAACAGAAAGAAAUUUUUUUUCCAUCACAGGGAUCAAAUGGUGAAAUCUUUAUUAUCACCUUUGCAUCAAGCUUAUGGCGAAAACAGCGCUUUCAGGUUGAUGUAAAUCCAGGCGCUGCUUUCAGACAGCUCACCACUGAGUCUGUCAGGUCAGCCAAAAACCUGCAGCAUCAACAUGAAUGCUUUCAUGUGCAAUUCCAAAUCAGCACCACAUGUCCUGGUUCAAUGUAUAUCUGGAAUAUGACCGGGCAUUUUAUAUGUAAAGAAAGUUUUUUUUUUUUUUCUAUCAGUGUGACAAAAAAACAGAAAACACUUUAAAAACCCGAUAGCAUUCAAUGCCAUAAGCAUGAAAAUGAGUGAUGCUUAUGUUUGUUGAUUAUAUUUCAUUUAUUGUUUUAAUUCUCAACAGCAGUGAUACCAUUAAUGUGCAUGCUUAUGUAUUAAUGUUUGAUUUUACGUUGCCCGCCCGCAUCAAACUCAUCUAUGGCAUUUAUAUUGUCGCUUAAUGAGAUUAUAUUGCUGUAUUUCUUUUAUCUCUGUACACUACCAUGUUAGAAAUGAAGGAUGGCAUUGUGUAUCCACACGUUUCUCUUGACUGAAUGUAGGAAUGUGUGUUUGUACAGGAGUGCGUCCGAGAGCCACGUUAAUAAAAUAUGUUAUUUGAUA